AUGGCAAUCAACACUGCUAAGCCUGUUCGCGAGACCUCCUCUCCUCCAGAGGCAGAAGAGACCUUUGAAUAUGUCGAGCCGAUCCAUACCAACGAACGCGUGCCUGGCCACACAAAUUACUAUGAGAAAAACGGACUGCGGACUUACGGUGAUGGCCUGGACCAUGAUCACGCACCCAAGAUGUCCAAGCGGCGCCUCAUGUCCCUCAUAGCCAUGGCUUUUCUCUGGACCGGCUCUCAGAUCCCUCUCUACCUUUUCGGCGGCGUCCCACCUUACAUCUACGGUGACCUCGGUGGCACCGAUCGCUGGACUUGGUUCGUGCUUGGGAAUCUCCUCGCGCUCGCCGCAGUCUGCCCCUUUGUCGGAUCUCUGUCGGAUCUCAUCGGGAGGAGAUAUGUCGCCCUGCUGGGCGCCAGCUUCCUCGUCCUAGGCAUGAUCGUCGCCAGCACGGCCCAUACCAUGAACACCUUCAUCGGCGGCAUGGUCAUUUCGGGCAUUGGGGCGGGUAUCAACGAGCUGACUGCCCUUGCAGCGACAUCUGAGAUGGCGCCCACGGCGAAGCGAGGUAAAUACGUCGCCGUUUUGAUUUUUACCAUCAUUCCAUUUUGUCCGUCUGUUCUGUGGGGCCAAUUGAUCGCAUCCCACAGCUCCUGGCGGUGGAUUGGCCUGUUUUGCGGAGUCUGGGCGCUCAUUGGACUGGUCAUGACUGCCAUCUUUUACUUUCCUCCCCCUCGUCCCAACAGUCAAGGUCUCACAAGACGUGAGGUCUUGGGCCAGAUCGACUACAUUGGUGGGCUUCUCAGCAUCGCGGGCAUGAUAUUGUUCAUGAUGGGUCUGCAGUGGGGAGGAUACCAAUACAAGUGGUCGUCGCCACACGUUCUCGUCCCGCUCAUCCUAGGGGGCUUUCUGCUCUUUGUCGCCUUCCCGAUCUGGGAGACCAAGGGGACAAACCACCCGAUCUUCCCAUCUCGACUGAGACAGGACCCGCGCAUUCUGGCUCUGACUUUGGUCAUUACUUUUAUUUCCGGGGCCAACUUCUUCUCCGUGCUUCUCUUUUGGCCGACUCAAGCAUUCAACGUCUACGGUCAUGAUCCCAUUGGCGUCGGCAUCCGUGGUAUUCCCAUCGGCUUCUCGAUCCUUGCCGGUGCUUGCGUAGUCCUGUGGCUCUUGUCCGUCUUCCGUGGUCAGAAUAAGUUGCUCAUGAUCAUUUCGAGUGUAAUGAUGACUGCCGGGACGGGGGCCAUGGCCGUUGCUCGAGUCGACAACCUCAACGUGCUCUGGAUCAUUUUGAUCAUCGCCGGCUUCGGUAUUGGCGGCAUCGUUGUCCCGGCCUCCAUCAUCACCACCAUUAUCUGUCCCGAUGAUCUCAUUGCGACCAUCGCCGCCCUAACGCUUGCCAUCCGUGUCGUGGGUGGCGCGAUUGGCUAUGCGGUUUAUUACAACGUCUUCCUCAAUAAAUUCGUUCCCGCUGCCACCCACUACAUAGGUGGCGCAAUGGAACUCGAGCUCGGCAUUGUUGACCCCAAAAUUAUCGGUGCAGCCAUCGAGCUGACGGCCUCGUCGUUGAUCACCGAGCUCAAGACAUUGCCUGGUAUCGGCAACAAUGACACCGCUUACGCGAUCGUCGUGAGUGCUGGCCAAGUCGCCUACGCUUCUGCGUACAAGUACGUGUACUAUACGAGCAUCGCGUUCGGGGCUGUGAGCAUCAUCGCGGCUUGCUUCUUGGGGGACAUCAGCAAGUACAUGGACGACCAUGUGGCCGUUGCCUCUUAUGAGGCCGCAGAUAAAGCUAUAACGAUAGCCGGUCGGCGUUAA